GGGAUGAACACCAGACGAAAAACGUACAACUUCCGCUGUUGUUUUAUUGAUGGCUGACGGUGUUGUGAUACAUGUCAUGGUUUCAGAAGCCAACAACGUUUAAACUGAUAACAAAGUUAAAGAUAACGCAUCAGACAGGUAGUGUCUUUCACUUACGAAAGUAAACAGUGACUCCACACAAAAUGACAGUGAAUGCGUCACUGAACAGACAACAGCCUGGGUGCUCAAUCGAGAGACCAGGUAGGGCACGUGCACGCGUAAAGGCGUUCCCUUUCAUUUUGCCCCUCAGCAGCGGUCUUGAGCUGUGAAGUGCGAGCGCCUCUGGAGUAGUUCGACUUUGCUAAAAUGGAUAAACUAGGGUGCUCCUUCCAAUAAAAUCAUUUACGUCAUUGGAAAAUAGCGUAAUGUCAACUGUAGUUUUGUGGUUUGUAAUUUCUUGAACAAUUUGAGGAGGCCGCAAUGAGGGAUCGCCUGGCAGACCUGACAAUUAAUUACAAUGUGGAGGAUGUCAGCAUCUCGGUUGAAAGUCAUAAUAUUCCCAUGGAUGAAUUCUUCAAAACGGUGGGGGAAGUGAGAUGCCUCGUAGAAAAGAUCUCCUCCCAGUUGGAAGAGGUUGUGAAGAAGCACAGUGCCAUCCUCUCUGCUCCUAAUCCUGAGGAGAAAACCAAAAAUGAGCUGGAGCAGCUGACCAAUCAUAUCAAGGGAAAUGCCAACGCAGUUCGGGCGAAGUUAAAAACCAUUCAGGACAGCCUGCCUGAAGAUGAGAAUGCAAAUACUGCCUCAGUGGACCAGCGCAUCCAGAAGAACCAGCACACAAACCUGACCCGCUGGUUUGUGGACGUCAUGACCAGCUACAACGAGACCCAAGUUUCCUUCAGGGUCAAGUGUAAAGCCCGGAUUCAGAGGCAGCUAGAGAUCACUGGUCGGAUGACCACAGACGAGGAGCUGGAGGAGAUCCUGCACAGUGAGAACCCCGCCAUCUUCACCUCCGAUAUCAUCUCCGACUCUCAGAUCACACGGCAGGCCCUGAGCGAGAUCGAGUCCCGUCAUCAGGACAUCAUCCGCCUGGAGUCCAGCAUCAGGGAGCUGCACGACAUGUUUGUGGACAUGGCCAUGCUGGUGGAGACUCAGGGGGAGAUGAUCAACAACAUUGAGAAGAACGUCACCACCGCCGCAGAGUACGUGGGCUCGGCCAAAGGGGAGACCAAGAAGGCGGUGAGGUACCAGAAGAAGGCGCGCAGGAAGUAUGUCAUAAUUGCCCUAGCUGUGCUGAUCCUGGUCGCCAUAAUCGCGCUUAUCGUUGGUUUGUCUGUGGGCCUGCCUAAAACCUAGUCUCAACCUCACAUGUCGAGCAUGUUGGCCAUACUGUGCCACCGUCACAACACAGCUCUUCCUCUGCAACCAGAAGCGAAGGCCAGAAGAUAGGGGUUGGAAACAUCGUGUGUUCACCUGACACCAUGUUCAACCUUCAACCGAAACGUCGUUAACUGACCCAUACUUUGACUGGAAACGUGUGAGUUUUCUGAUGAGGAAAAAGGUUCAACGUGGGUGCACUUGUGUACACACAAACAUCUCUACUGUGCCUCCAGUCAAGCCCCGUGAUAUAUCUGGUUACAUGGGAAUAUACAGUAUGGCUGUCCUGUAAGUAAGCUGAUGCAUGCUCGCUCUUUCGAAAGGUAUGGAUUCUACGUCGCCUCCAAUACAAUGCAUUGUUUAUUGCUAAUGAAUGUAUGAUGUCUUUUUUCGUUUUGUAGAAAGUCUCCUUGAAAAGGACUUUGUGGUAUUUAUUUAAUCUGUUACAGUUUCGACGGCUGCGAUAAUAAUCUUUUCAUGACAUUGACGACUGAAUUAUUGCAGAGUGAAAAAAAUCAAAGUGCUUUUGCUGAUGCUACUGUACCCGUCUGGCAAUGUGAAUGACCAUGGAUUGAAAUGAAGGCCCUGAAAGCCGUUAUCUCAUAUUGAGAAUCAAGAUACUGACAGUUGAAGGGAGAACAUUGGAAUCAAACCCACUUUAUUUGAAGUGGAGACGCACACACUGGGGUUUUGUUAAAGUGCCUGACAACAAUGGUUACGGUUGCCUAGGAGCAGUAUUUGUAUCUGCAGGGGGUGAGGUCAUUUGUCAAGAGAAUCCAGCUAUAACUGACUAUAUGUAGUGUCUGUCUGUUUGUGACUCGAUUAAUAAUAAACUAUGAUUUAGAUA